AUGGAAAAUGGCAGCAAGCGGCCUCUGCUUGCCCCACCGCCAAAGGCCGAAAGGAAUUGUAAGUCUGCCUCUGAAAAGGCGGAAACGAAGAGGAAAUGCGACAAAUUGAGAGCUCAAAGCACAGUAAACAUCGGGUCAUCCUUUGACCGAUGGAGAAAGCUCCGGCAAGAUCUGGGCCUGAAAAGACCAGCGGCCAUCAAAGUGUUGGUGUCAGAAGGGAGUGAUGUUACAUUACCCUGUUCCCUCAGCACCAAGGAGAACAUCGAGCAGAAACUCUUUGACUGGAGGAAACAUGAUGGUAUGACGGGGGUGUUCAUGUAUGAUAAAGGCCUCCAUCACAACAACGGUGGUUCAGGUCAAGAUGAGCAGUUCAAAGGUCGAGUCUUUCAUUUCCAAGAUGAGCUGAAACAUGGCAACGCCUCCAUCAUCAUCAGAAAUACAAAGAUGGCUGACAGUGGAGACUACACCUGCUUUUUUCCACUUCUUCAGACACCUCAAAUAUUCCACAUUGAUCUUGCUGUUGUUUCAUCUCCAAAGCCAUCUGUCACAGUCCUCAAUGCCACAGAUGAUGGAGUGCAGCUGCAGUGUGAGGUUCAUGGUGCUUCUCCAAAACCUAAAGUAGAGUGGAAGGACAGUGAUGGAAACAUCCUUCCUGCUGAAGAACCACAGGUCACAGACAGAGGAGGCAGCUAUGACAUCAUCCUCCAAACUUCUGUGACCAAGACCGACCUCUAUCACUGUGUGGUCACACAGGAGGAAAUCAACCAUCAGAUUCAUGCUGAGAUAUUUGUGUAUAUCAUUGUCAACAGCAGGAGCAAUAUUCUUUUUCUAUGGCUUCAAGUAGUAAUGUUGGCCAUUUGUGGAGUUGUUGCAGUUUGUUUUUUUCGGUGGUCUCGCAGGUAUAGAGGUUCAAAGGGUUCAAAUGGUUCAGCUGACAAGCAGCUCUGAAGAGGUAUUGUAUACCACUUUGCAAAACACAGUUACAAAGUGCUCUAUGAGACAAAUAAGAUAGUAUACACUAUCAAGAUAAAAAAGUUGAACAAAACCUCAGACCAGAUACAUCAGAGUGUGUAUGAAUAAAUAAAUAAUGAAAUAGAUAAAGAAGGAUAGAAACUAGACAAACAACAGAUUUACUGUAAAAAGCCUUCUUGUAAAGUGUGUUUUGAGGAGUGUUUUUAACGAAGACACUGAGUUUGCUAACCUAAGUUCCUCAGGUUAGGAGAUCCCCAGCUGUGGGGCUUUAACAGAAAAUGCCCCGUUUCCUUUUGGAACAACACGAGCUGUGGGAACAGUUAGGAAGGUCCUACCUGAGGAGCGCAGGCAGCGCCUAGGCUCAUAGGGCGUAAGUAAAUCUAUACUGUAUGUUGGAGCGAGGCCAUGUAGGGCUUUAAAAGGAAUUAGUAAGAGUUCAAAAUGAUUCUGUACUUAACAGGUAGCCUGUGUAGCGUUGCAAGGAGGGGAGUUAUGUAGAGUUUUGUCUCUUUGAAUCAGUCAAAAGUCUGGCAGCUGAGUUUUGAACAAGUGAGUUGGAGACAGGAAAUGGCCUUUUGGCUGAGCCCUGAGCACAGGGAAUUACAGUGGUCCAGAUGUGAUGAGAUAAAAGCAUGAAUGACUUUUUCAAGGUCUGUAAAUAAAACUCUUUAAAACUCUCUUUAAAAAUAACAAUUUAAUUUUCACAGAAAUGACUGAAAUGCUGAGAUACAGGCCUGCUGUGAAUUUAAAAAGAAAAAAAAUCUUACACCUGUUGAAAUCAAGAAGGCCUCUUAACCCCAAGGCCAUAAUUCUAUCUUAUUGCUAUGGGCUACUUCAUUUGCACUUUUCUAAGUUUUAAGGUUUGUCUCAGUAUUAUAUUAGUAUUAAACAAUGUUUUUGUGUUUAAAGAAAA